AUGUCUACUUCAGAAAGCCGCGUGGAUGUCGCACAAACCUUUCAUUUGGAGCGGAUCAUUAGCUUGGAAAACGGGACUACAUAUUCGGAGCAAUCUGUUCCAAUAAGCGAAUUAACAAAGCCGAAACAACAACAGCCCAGAAAUCUCAAAAUGCGAUACAAACCAAUUGGUUUGACAGACAAUCAGCCCGAAACAUUUGGAUCCGGCUCGGACGAGUCAGAUGGGGCCUCAUUCCGAAUGCCUCAGCCACUGUCUCAGGACCGGGAAGGCAAAAGGAGGAGGAAAUCAUCGAUGGAAAUAGGGCCUAGCAAUGAGCUUCAGGUGGAACGACGCAAAAAACAUAAACGGGUUCAUUCCAAUUCCGUUGAUGACAGUACCGAGAUACAUUCGAGAAAUGGAGAAGUGAAGCCGUCUCCGAAAUCGAAAGAAACCAAAGAUACAGAAAUUACGCGGGGAAAGUCGGAUAAGCGACAUGGGGACAAACGGAGCAAGAAGCACAGGGACGAAACCAGCCAGGAACGGAGAGCACGGAGGGAAGAAAGGAAGCGGAAAACACAGGCCCUUGCAUCAUGA